AUGGCAAAAAAGAAAGGUCAAAGAGUAGAAAAUCCAAAUUGGAAGAAAAUCGAUACCGAUCAAACAUUAGUAUUUGAAGAAGCUGGUUUUUUAGGUUUAGAAGAGAUUGAUGAAAAAGAUUAUUUUUUAACAAGUGAUAAUGCAAAAAAAAUUGAACAAGAAUUAAAUAAAAAACAAAAACAACAACCACAACAACAACAAAAACCACAACAAAAUAAAAAUAAAAAAAGAAAAUCAAAUAAAGAUUCAGAUGAUGAAUAUGAAGGAUUUGAAGAUAGCGAUAAUGAAGAAGCUGCUAAUAAUAAAAAACAAAAAAUUUAUACAGUCGAUCAAGCUAUUGAUGUUUCAAAAGAGUUAUUAGGUGAUUUUGUAGAGGGAAGUGUAAAGCAUAAAAAGAAAAAUAAGAAAGGAUUAAAAGUUAAACAAAUUAAAGAUGAAGAAAUGAAAGAAUCAGAAGAAGUUAAGCAAGUUAAUUCUAAACAACCACAACAACAAAAACAAAAUAAUAAUAAUAAUAAAGUUAAACAACAACAACAAUCAAACAAAGAGGAAAAUGAAACUGAAGAACCUCAACAAGAAGAAGAGGAUGAAACUAAAAUUAAAAAAGAAAAAAAAGUUAAAACUGAACAAGAGAUUAAAACCACCCAAAGAAAUAUUCAAAAAAUUGAAAAGAUUAAAAAAAGAAAAGAGGUUUCAGAAUUAAAAACAAUUUCAACAGAAGAACAAAACCAAUUAGAUAUGUCAGAAUGGACUGCUUUAAAUCUUGACCCAUUAAUUAUAAAAGGUUUACGUUCAUUAGGUUUCGAAAAACCAACUGAAAUUCAAUCUGCUGUUCUUCCAGUUGCUAUUUCAAAUGGUUAUGAUAUUAUUGGUGCUGCACAAACUGGUUCAGGUAAAACUUUAGCAUUUGGUAUCCCAAUGGUACAAAGAAUUUUACAACAUUUAAGAAAACAUGGUCAAAGUGUUGAAAAAGAAGGUGAAACUAGAGAUAAACAAAUUGAAGAGGAAGGUGAUGAAGAAGAGGAAGAGGAAGAAGAAUCCACUGGUAGAAGUGAAGAGCAUAGAAAAUUAUAUUCAUUGGUUAUUUGCCCAACUAGAGAGUUAGCAAUUCAAGUUACCAACCAUAUUAAAUCAAUUAUUGCAUUUACAAAUCUUAAGGUAGUUUCAAUUGUUGGUGGUUUAGCACAACAAAGACAACAAAGAAUUCUUACAAAAAGACCAGAAAUUGUUGUUGCAACUCCAGGUCGUCUUUGGGAACUUAUUACUGAGGGUCAUAAGCAUUUAAUCGAAUUAAAUUCAUUAUUAUGUUUGGGUAUAGAUGAAGCAGAUCGUAUGGUUGAACAAGGUCAUUUUGCAGAGCUUGAAAAUAUUUUAAAAACAUUACCAACAUUCAAAGGUGCAGUAUCUAAAAAAGAGCGUUUAAAGAAACAACAAGAACAAGAAAAAAGAAAUAAAAGAAGACAGGUCGAAAAAUUAAAUAGUAAAGGUGAGGUUAUAAAUAAGAGAAAUAAAAAAGGUGAUGAAGAGGACCAAGAUGAUCAAGAAGAGGAGGAUGAUGAAGAAGAAGAAGAGGAAGAGCAAGAAGAGGAAAAACAUUUAACUACAACACAUAAAAGACAAUCAUUUGUAUUUUCAGCAACCUUGGUUAAUAUUCCAGGUGAUAAUCAACAAAAUCAACAUCAAAAAAAGAAAUAUAGAAAACCAACACCAAUCGAACAACUCAUCGAAAGGGUUAGAUUCCAACGUGAUUACAAAUUAAUCGAUUGCACAAUGAAAAGAUUAACAGCUAAAAACCUUAUGGAAACAAAGAUAUUUUGUAAUUUAGAAGAGAAAGAUCAUUACCUUUAUUAUUUUGUCGAACGUUAUCCAGGUCGUACAUUGGUAUUUGUAAACUCUAUUGAUUGUGCUCGUCGUUUAAUUCCAAUAUUCAAUAUCCUCGAGGUACCAGUAUUUUCACUUCACGCUCAAAUGCAACAAAAACAACGUUUGAAGAAUCUCGAUAGAUUCCGUACUAUGAACAAUGUAGUUUUGAUUGCUACCGAUGUUGCAGCUCGUGGUUUAGAUAUCCCAGGUGUUCAACAUGUUAUUCAUUAUCAAGUACCACGUACAACACAAACUUAUAUUCAUCGUAGUGGUCGUACAGCUCGUUCAACUCAAGAUGGUAUUUCAGUUGUUUUAGUUACACCAAAAGAACGUCCUCUCUACAUUAAAUUAGAUAGUGCACUCGAGCAUGAUAUUGGUAAUUUCCCAAUCGAUUUACGUUAUCUCGAAGGUAUCCGUGAUAGAAUAUCAUUAGCCAGAGAAAUAGAUCAAUUAUCAUACAAGAGUAUUAAAGAGAACAGAGAAAAGAGUUGGUACAAAAAGGCUGCUGAAGAAAUGGAUAUCGAAUUGGAUCCAGAUUUCUUUGGUGAUGAUUCAGAUGAUGACGAAACCGAAGAGCGUCGUGUAGAAGAACAUAAGAAAGCCAAUAAAGCCAAGGCACUUCGUUUCGAACUUAAACAAUUAUUAUCAAAAUCACUUUUACCACGUGGUUCAUCACAAAGUUAUGUUACCGCCACUGCAAUCCAAGAGUUGGAAGAAAAGAGUAACUCAUCUGCAACUGUUGAUUUUGGUAAAAAAGCUAAAAAUGUUAUUGGUAAAAAACAAUUAAAAGCAAAAAAGCAAGCUUUAAAUCAAUUAACUUUACUUAAAAAAAAGAAACAAUCUAUUUAA